GUUUAUUUACUGAAAUCUGAUUUUAAUGAAUUUAAACUGAAUUAAAGAUCAGAAGGAGGAGAUGGGGGUCUCUACAGCAGUGUGUGUUCUUCUACUGAACGCAGUAUUCAUCUCUACACUCACAGAGAAACACUCCCUGUUCUACAUUUACACCGGCCUCUCCAAAGACGUGGAUCUACCUGGAAUCCACCAGUUCACAGCUCUGGGGCUGCUGGAUGACCGAGAGAUCGACUACUACAACAGUAAGGAGCAGAAGAAGAUUCCUAAACAGAGCUGGAUGAUGGAGAAGAUGCAGGAAGAUUACUGGGAAAAAGGAACCCAGUCUCGCAAGAGUAAAGAACAGUGGUUCAAGGUCAACGUGGAGAUUCUGAUGCAGAGGAUGAACCACAGUAACACGGAUCUUCAUGUUCUUCAGUGGAGACACGGCUGUGAGGUCGAGGAGUCUAAUGGAGAGGUGAAGUUUCUGAGAGGGAUUAGUGAGUACAGCUACGAUGGAUCAGAUUUUCUCUACUUUGAUUAUGAAAACAUGCGCUGGAUCGCUGCAGUUCCACAAGCUGAACCAACCAAGAGGAAAUGGGAUAAUGAGACCAUCGUGAACCAGGACGCCAAGCGUUACCUGGAGAAAGAGUGUGUGGACUGGCUCAUCAAAUUCAUGGAGUACGGAAAAGAAACACUGAGAAAACACUCUCCUCCUGAUGUUCAUGCAUUUGCAAAGAAAUCUGUUCAAGACCCAAAAAAGGUGAGCCUGACCUGCCUGGCCACGGGAUUCUACCCUAAAGACGUGGAACUGAGUGUGAGGAAGUUCGGCACGUCAAUACCUGAACAUCUGAUCACAACUUCUGGAAUCAGACCCAAUGAUGAUGGAACCUACCAGCUGAGGAAGAGUGUGGAGAUCAAUGGUGAUGAUCCAGCAGAUUACGACUGUUGCUUGACUCACAGCUCCCUCACAGAACCAGUGAUGAAGAAAUGGGAUAAACACUCUCUGUUGUAUCUCUACACCAUGCAGUCUAAAAACUCUAAUGAUCAUCUCUACGACUGCACUGCUGUAACUCUGCUGAACGACAGACAGAUAGAUUUCUACAACAGCAGCUCAGAUAAACCCAGAACUGCUAAACAGAACUGGCUGAAGAACAUUUCAGAAUCUGACUGGAAAAUCAGCACUGAGAAACUGCAGUACGACAGACAACUGUUAAAUAGACUCCUCGACAUACAGAUGGCUGAGUUUGGACACUCUCACUCAGGUGUUCAUGUUCUUCAGUGGAGGCACGGCUGUGAGGGUGAACAGAGUUCUGAUGGAUCUCUGACUGUAUUAAACAGUAUUAAUGAAUUCGGUUAUGAUGGAGAAGAUCUGAUUCAGUUUAACUGCACCUCUAAAACCCGGAUAACCCCGGAGGAGAAGAAGAACAGAGAGAGGGAGGAGAAGAAGAACAGAGAGAGGGAGGAGAAGUGGAGUAUCUUUAAUGCUGUUGGGAAAUGUGAGCAGUGUGAGGAGAUGCUGAAGAUGUACUUAAAGUACAAAACUACUGACAUCACACAGAGUCACACUCCACCUGAUGUUCAUAUGUUUGCAAAGAAAUCAGUGAAAGACUCGAGAAAGCUGAUAUUGACCUGCCUGAUCACGGGAUUCUACCCCAAAGACGUGAAGAUGAGUCUGAGGAAGUUCAACACUUUACUUCCUGAUCGUCUGAUCACAUCUUCUGGAGUCAGACCCAAUGAUGAUGGAACCUACCAGCUGAGGGAGAGUGUGGAGAUCAGUGGUGAUGAUCCAGCAGAUUAUGACUGUUACGUGAAUCACAGCUCCCUCACAGAACCAGUGAUGAAGAAAUGGGUAAACACCAAAAACAGUGCUGGACUGGUACUGAUUGGAGGAGCAGUUGGAGGGGUGAUUGUGAUCUUGCUGAUUGUGCUGGGUGUACUCUUUGUUCUGAAAAAGAAGGGAAUCAUUGCUGAUAACAGCAGUGAUGGAUCCUCACACACUAGUGAGGAGAUGAAGGAUACCAAGGAUCCACUGCUGCGCGGUGCUACUAAAGGACAGAAAACUGAUAAACACUCUCUGUUGUAUCUCUACACCAUGCACUCUUAUUAUCAUCGCUACAACUGCACUGCUGUAACUCUGCUGAACGACACACAGAUAGAUUUCUACAACAGUGCAGAUGAAUCCAGAACUGCUAAUAAACAGAACUGGCUGAAGAUCAUUUCAGAAUCUGACUGGAAAAUCAGGACUGAGAAACUGGAGUACGACAGACAGCUGUUAAAUAGACUCCUGAACACACAGAUGAAUGAGUUCGGACACUCUCAGUCAGACGAUCAUGUUCUUCAGUGGAGGCACGGCUGUGAGGGUGAACAGAGUUCUGAUGGAUCUCUGACUGUAUUAAACAGUAUUAAUGAAUUCGGGUAUGAUGGAGAAGAUCUGAUUCAGUUUAACUGCACCUCUAAAACCUGGAUAACCCCGGAGGAGAAGAAGAACAGAGAGAGGGAGGAGGAGAAGAACAGAGAGAGGGAGGAGAAGUGGAGUAAAAUCUUUAAAGCUGAUAAGAAAUGUCUGCAGUGUGAGAAGAUGCUGAAGAUGUACUUAAAGUACAAAACUUCUGAACAGUACAGAACUACUGACAUUGCAGGAAGUCAGAUCAAAGACAGCUGUGAAGAGACAGAGGAGGACAAUACACCAGGGCCUGAGACCGGGGGUUCUGACUCUGACUCUGGCAAAAACAGCAGUGAUGAGUUUCCAGACAAUACACACGGGCCUGAGACCGGGGGUUCUGACUCUGACUCUGGGCCUGAGACCGGGGGUUCUGACUCUGACUCUGGCAAAAACAGCAGUGAUGAGGAGUUUCCAGACAAUACACACGGCAAAAACAGCAGUGAUGAGGAGUUUCCAGACAAUACACACGAAAACAUGCAAAAAGAAACAUUCUAAUCCGAUGUGAGUAGUGAUGCCCAUCAGCUAUGAUCGCAGUCAUCAGGGAUUCUCUUGAUUUCUGGAACAAGGAUGUAUAAACCCAGUUCUGCUGAAGUUCAACAUGCUGCCGGUGACUUCACUUUACUUGAUUUAAUUUUGCCACAGAGACCUGAAGCUUUUUAUGAAACAAAGAUAACAAUUCAGAUUUCACUGAUUCAGUCUUGUAACUUCCUUUUAACAUUGUAUAAGCGUUACAUAUUGAAGAGUAACUGUUUAUUUUACCUUGAGUGUAUUGACAAAUAUCUUUCAGUUAUGAUUACUUAUCUUAGUAUCUAUAAUUACUUAAUCAUUGUGUGAAACCUUGUAUUGUAUAUGCAUUAACCAAUACCUUACAUUUGAUCAUUUUUACUCACAGUGUAUUUUACACGCAUUUAUAUAAAAGAUUAACCAAUAAUCACAAUAUAUUCUUUACAUAUAUAGUAAAACAUUGUUUGAUCAAGCAUGUGACUAACACCACCCUUAUUAUGACAAAUUAACCCACAUGAUACAUAAGGCGUAUACUAACACAUAGGACCUAUUAUGUGGCGGACUAAUCACGCGCUACUAACACAGUAACAUAUAACAUAUGAAAUCUAUUGUGUGACUUGUGUAGCUUAUGCUUGAAGCAUUUCGUUUACUGCAUGUUUCUGACUAACAAUCAAUCAUCAGAUAGUGCACUCUGUACGAACUAAAUUGAUACAAAAGAGACUUCGGUACGAACAGUGUGGCCUUUCUCUCUGUGCGUGCAAAGUUCUUCAUCUCCCAAAGCGGGAGGAGGACACGCGCACAUAGGGAGGGCGGCACUGUUUAGUUACUGAAACAAUAUCACACUGUCUGACUGGACCCAGUCAAUUCUUAAAGGUCACCUUCCGUCGUUUUUUCUUUCAUUUUAAAAUGUCUAGUUGUGGUCUCUAGUAUGAAUGAAUGACAUGUGAGCCGUUUUUGUAAAAAAAAAAAAGUGCUCAGGUGUCUCUGUAUAGCUCUUUUUUAAUGGACUGUUUUAGGGGUGUGUUCAAAAUGACCGGAUUCCAGCUUUGCUCAUGAAUAUUCAUACAUGCAAACAGCAUGCAAAUAUCUCUCCUCUGAUUGGCUAGGAGCACUGCGACGCCCCUCCGCCGCUCUGCCGCUCACUGCCUCCCACCUCCUAACUGAUGAGCGGUGAUGUUGCGUCGCUUCAGCUCCGCCUCUGGGAGUUUCUCGAGCCAAGGUGGGCUGGUCUGUGAGUUUCUGCCUACGUAGGCAGAAAGAUAAUUCAAAAUUCACCCGUUUUUCGGAGGGGGGGAGGGGGGAUUUCUUUGCUUAGCUCCUGCAGACAAUGGGGGCUGCAAAACAGUUUAAUGAGCAGGUGUACACAUUCAACUCGGAGAGACCUACUGUAUUCCACAAAAAAACAAGAAAAAUCGGAUUUUCGCGGAAGGUGAGCUUUAAAACAAUACCACACUGUCCGGCUGGACACAAUCAAGGCCAAACACUAGUGGUCCGAUCAGGCCUGUGAAACUUGAGUAUUAACACGUGAAAUUACGCACGCUAACAUGAGAUGAUUUUAGCAACGCCUCAUCAGCAGGUUUCACGUCAUUUGGUGUAUAAACAUGGAGUCAGAUUAGAGGGGGGGUCAGAACUUAUGCUGGGACGGCUGUUAGACGGUCUUUCAUGUGUGGGUUCUCCUGAAUAUUCAGUACUUUGUAAUAAAUACUUGGUUUGCUUUCAACUUCA